AUGAAGUACUAUGAGCUGAUAACUACAAAAAAUGUGGUAACUGCAGCUACAGGGGCUGGAGCCAUCUAUCUGUUGGCCAAGACUCUCCUAGCAGCGCUCCGAAGUCCUUCAUUCAAGUCAGCGCCAAGAGAUUUGGCCAGAUUUUCUGUUGAGUAUCACCCGGCUCCAUGUGCAAGAUCGACCCUUCCUGGAGAACUCAGAAGGACCCUACAGUCUCUCAAACCAAACCUAGAUGGCUCCUCCAAAAAGGCGGCACUUCACACCAUCACCCAGUGUGUCUUUCUAAAGGAAUCAGAGGCAAGUACUUGUACCUAUGAUGAUAUAAAAUUAGUGGCAUCGUUCCUGGAUGACCCAGAAAAAGUCAUCAAAACUGAGGCUUUAAAUGCUCUUAGAGCUUUCACAAGUAUUUGGAAGUUUAAAAUCAAAAUCCAGGAAUAUAUCCCCAAGAUCAUUGAACUGGUCGCCAGAAACCGGGAUGGCAACCUGCAGGCUGCCGGGCUGCGGCUAAUUAAUGGAUUGCAGUUACCAGAUCAUGUUUACACAAUGCUGAAGGUGCUGCUACCAGACUUCAUGGAAAUCCUGCUAACGGCAGACAUUUUGACUAAGGUGCAGGUUCUCAAGCUUCUUAGUACAAUGGCCCAAAAGGACGAUCUGCUCUAUGACAUCUUGAAUUGCCAGGUACCACCUGAAUUCUUGAGCCUCUUCCAUCCUUCUUUGCCUGGGAACCUGCUUCAUGAGAUGCUAGUCUUCGUGGAGCGGCUUAAUGAGAGGCGCCUGACCCCACAGUACCAGUCAAUUCACUGGCAGUACAACAAUUUCUCCCUUCACAGCAUCAUCUUUGGCGAGAAUUCCCGUCUUUCUGACCGCCUGCUUGCUCUCAUCAUCCACCCAGAGGAAGAGGUGCAGAUCCAGGCCUGCAAAGUCAUUCUCAGCCUCCGUCUCAAUAAGGAGGAGAGCAAGGUCAUCAGCAGCCUCCCUUUCAGUGCUGACAUCAGUAGCUACUCCAAUGACCCUUCACUCGGCAACCUCCCAUUUAGACCAAGGAUCACUUCCUCUCCUGUCACUAACAAUGUCAUUUUUGAUGCCUCCUCUGGUGGCCAGCAACUAGUUGACGCUGGCCACAACUUUCAACCCCUUCAAGGCACUAAUGACACUAGCCAUAGUUCCUAUCCCCAUCAGAACGCUGGGCACAACUUCCAGGCCCUUACUAGCAGCAAUAUCACCAGCCACUCUGUUGACACUAUUAACAGUAGCCCUGUUCUUCUUGACCCCAUGGGUGCCUUCCUUCCCAUUGCAACUGCUUUCUCAGAUGAAGACAGUGAAGGCAGUGACAAUCGCUAG